AUGCAUCAAAAUUCUUUUUGUCUAAUGACAAUAAAAAAGUUGACAUUAUACACUAUUUUGGUACAUAAUCACAUUAUGCAGAAUAUGUCUUGGUACACAAAUGCAUUAAUAAAUUCACAGUCUUCUUACAAAUUUUCUUGGCUAACAAUUUUUUUUGCAAGCAAGCUCUUUUAUAAAAUACUUCUUUCUCUUCUUAAGUAUUUUGCUAUGGAUGAGAAACCUGUUAUAUCUGAAGUGAAGCGUUUGGUUGAGGAUUAUACGACAAUGGAGUACAUUUUUCCGGCCUUCCUUAUGUUCGGCGCCUGCAUCAUGUUCUUCUUUCUCCUGCUGGCUAUUUUCGGGAACGAUAAGUUAACUGACAUUUUGGAAAACAGUUUGAGCAUUUCAUCAAAAAAAUGCUACUCACUGAAUCUCUUCGCUACUAAUAAAUCCCCCAUGGAUACUGCUUUCUCAAGGGUGAAUGAAGGUGAAGAAGACAAAGAAAAGUUAAUGUAUGUCUCCAAUGUCAACUAUUAUAGUCUCUUUUGUAGUUUUUAUCUAUCAUGCAGUUUUGGCUCCCAUUCAACACGCUCUUUUUUAUGUGUAAUGUUUCGGUGCUUUGAAACUGUUCAUUUAUCUUGUAAAGUGUUAUUUUUUGUCUACAUAAAAAUUACUCAAAAUUCUUUUACUGCAGAUUUUUCAUCGGAUCCCCAAAACGCUUAA